AUGGCAGUCGCACAAACCAUCAUGUCCAAUGCAGAAGCCGAUCUCAGCCCAAAUGCCAGGCUCAAACUAGGCGCUGACCUCGAUGCUAAUUCGCCACCGUCCGCUGUCUUCGAUAUUUCACCCGAGACUGCUUUACACCUCCUAUGCACGAAUGUCGAGCGUCUAGCGGCGUUCUUUGCGGAGAAUCCCGCUGGCACAGACGAGGUGAAUUCUCACUGCUCCACGCCCCUCGAUGUCGACGAGGGCCAGGAUGGAGCGCUGGAAAUAGAGUCUGUGGGAUUGCAUGUUAAGGGGGAAGGGGAAACUGUUGAUCCUGCACGUGCGACGGGCGAGGCGAUUCAGAUGGCGAUUCUUGCGAAGAAGUUCCUUUCGAAGAAGAUCCCGCCUAUCUCGUUGCGGGAUUAUUUGCUUCGAUUGCAUAAAUAUUGCCCCAUGUCUACGGCGGUGUAUCUUGCGACUAGCGUCUACAUUUCUAAGAUGACUCUGGUGGAGAACGUCCUCAGAGUGAGCCCGAAGAACAUGCAUCGACUUGUUUUGGCUGGCGUGUGGGUUGCGAGCAAGGCUUUGGAGGACCUUAGCUAUGCUCAUAGCCGGGUUGCGAAAGUGGGAGGUGUGAGCGAGCUCGAGUUGUCCAAGCUGGAGAUCAGCUUUUGUUUCCUGGUGGACUUUGAGCUCCGAGUGGAUGAGCGCAUACUGAUGGAUGAAGCUUUGCGUCCUCAGUCCGACCUGAGAUGA